AUGACUAGCUAUCACGGAAGCUGCUUCUGCGGGCAGGUUGAGUGGGAUGUGAAGCUUGAGGGGAAGAACCACGUUCUCUGCCACUGCGAUACUUGCAAGAAGCUGGGAGGUGGAGCAUACUCUCUGAACCAGAUCGUUCCCAUGAAAGAUCUGAAAAUCACGAAGGGACAAGUGAAGGACUUCACCUACCAUGGUGCCAGCGGCAAGCCUGUUCACUGCUACCACUGCGGCAGUAAGGAAUCCCCUCUCCCUGAUAGAUGGCGCCGGGGGAUUACAGAUAUGGCCAAUGCGCCACUGCACUCCUGGAUCUCGUGCUACAAGGUCCAGAACCCUCUAAGACCAAACUGCACCUCUCACGUCUACCACCACCAGGAGGUUUUGGGCGACCAAAUUGUCGUGAGAACCAUCCUCUUGGAUGAAGGAAAGAGCUUCGAGCCGACCGCCGAGAUCUUUGGCAAAUACAGAUUGCCCUGGGUUAAGGAGUCAGCGCAAACCUUUGAUAUCAUGCCACCAUCGUAGAUGGUUAUGGAUAGUCUUGGGAUGGGAUCCGGCAGG